UGAACCUGCGCGAGCUGUCACGUCGCCGUUUGCUUUGUAAAAAUCGCAGCGACGGAGCGAUAAGUGUCGCCGUCAAUGAGAAAUACUGAAAAUAUCUGAAUUAUCGGGAAAACUCCUGAGGUGAGGAGGCGCAGUCAAUCCGGCGUGGCUCCAAACGGCUCCUGUUCACCGGACUGAAGAUUUGAGGCCCGCCGUGUGACACCAUGACCAAGGUGUGCAAGAACUGCGGCAGCUCGGACAUCGACGUGGACCAAGCCCGCGGCGAUGCCGUCUGCAUGUCCUGCGGCUCCGUGCUGGAGGACAACAUCAUCGUGUCCGAGGUGGAGUUCGUGGAGACGGGAGGCGGAGGGUCGUCGGCUGUCGGGCAGUUUGUCUCCUCAGAAGUUGGAGGCGUCAACCCGUCUUUUGGAGACGUCCAACUGUCAGGACUAGCGGGCAGGGAGUCCAGAGCUCAGACGCUGCAGAGAGCGAGACAGAGCAUCAACACUCUGGGUAACCAGCUGCAGAUGAACAAGCACUGUGUGGACACGGCCUAUAACUUCUACAAGAUGGCGCUCACGAAACACCUGACCCGCGGCCGCAAGGCCUCCCACGUCAUCGCCGCGUGUAUCUACAUGGUGUGUCGCACCGAGGGAACGCCACACAUGCUGCUGGACCUCAGCGAUAUCCUGCAGGUGAACGUCUACAUACUGGGAAGAACCUUCCUCGUUCUGGCCAGAGAGCUGUGCAUCAACGCCCCGGCUAUAGACCCGUGCCUGUACAUUCCCCGUUUCGCCCAGCUGCUGGAAUUUGGGGAGAAGAACCACGAAGUCUCCAUGACGGCGAUGAGACUGGUGCAGAGGAUGAAGAGGGACUGGAUGCACACCGGACGAAGGCCGUCGGGACUCUGUGGAGCAGCUCUUCUUGUUGCUGCUCGCAUGUACGACUUUCGCCGCACCAUUAAAGAAAUUGUCAGCGUUGUAAAAGUUUGUGAAACCACGCUAAGAAAAAGACUGACGGAGUUCGAGGACACACCCACCAGUCAGCUGACCAUCGAAGAGUUCAUGAAGAUCGAUCUGGACCAGGAGUGUGACCCGCCCUGCUUUACAGCCGGACUGAUAAAGAAAAAAGUCAAUAAGCUGGAGAUCGAGCUGAAGAAAAGGAUGGACGAUGUCGAAGAUGAAAUUCAAGGUUACCAGGAUGAAAUAGACGCAGAGCUUGAGAAUGGUCGACCCAAACUGAGAGGAGUGUACGCCGCCUACGCUAAAGAAGCCCCUCUCCCAGAUGGUGAAAAUGAAAAUGGCGACGUCGUCUCCACAUCGUCUAAAACGGAAGACUUCGAGGAACCAGGGGAGGAGGACGUGCUUCAGGCCGUGGCCAAACACUUUGGCAAAGACCUGGAGGAGCUGACGCUGGAGGCUCUGAUCAAACUGGAGCAGAGGACACCAGCGGGGGGAGAGGAGGACGAGGAACUGGAGGACAUUAUCCCAAAGCGAAAGGCCCCGUCGCUGGAGUCCAUCCUGGGCCCGAUGCCCACGGCAGCCAGCCUCAGCCUCCAGGAGCCCGUCAGCACCUGCGUCGGAGAGGAGAAGGAGAACGAUGGGGCUGCUGACAGCGGGGAGCUGGACCUGAGUGGAAUAGAUGACAACGAGAUCGAGCUGUAUCUGCUGAGCGACAACGAAAUCAAAGUGAAGACGGCGCUGUGGAUGGCAGAAAACUCCGACUACCUCAAAGAGCAGAAAGAGAAGGAGGCAAAGAUAGAGAAGGAGAAGGCGCUCGGGACCUACAAAGAAAAGAAGCCGAAACGACCGUCUAGGAGGCACCAGCCGAUCCGAGCCAACACGGCAGACGAGGCCAUCGAGAAGAUGCUGGAGCAGAAGAGGAUCUCCACCAAGAUCAACUACGACGUCCUGAAGGACCUCAACAUCAAGCCCGGCGCCAGCCCCGCCCGCAAGGUCGAGUCCCCGAAAAAGGAGCCGUCUGCCACCAAACUGAACGGACGCAACCGCAAACCCGCCCGAGCUCCACUCAGCCUCAGCACGCCGCUCAGCACCCUGGGAAAAAGGUUGCAGCCGUUCAUCACCGGACAGCCCAGCAAGAAGCUCGCUGUGGAGCAGAUUGCCAACUCUAACCCCCUGCCGCUGCCCGUGGGAGCCCCCGCCGGCAGCGUGGUGGUGGAGAGCGGGCCGGUCGUCUACGAUGAUGCAGCUGCUGAUGAGGAGGACGACGAGGAAGAGGAGGCUUGUGUCAGCGCCUUGGAGCUGCUGGGCGGCAACGAUUAUGGCAGCGAUGGUGAUUACGAUGAUUGAUUCUGGCAGUGGUCUUCCCGGGGUUAUCACUCCCAACUGGUACGAACUAUUUUGAAUCCUUAAGUGUAUCAAAUGUUUACUACCUGAGACACAAAGUGGCUGCAGAUACAGAUGCGAGCUGUGAAGCAAAGAGGAAU